AUGAAUAAAGAAGAUAUAGUUACCUGCCAACCUAAUAAUUUACUAGUAUAUCCAGCAUUUCCAAAUAUCCGUAACGCACAGACGGGAUUCAAUGCUUUUCAAAAUAAAAAUAUAAACACUAUCAAUGGUACUCACUUAACCAAAAAAGUGACUAAAAGCACGCCAAUAAUGAAUGCUAAUAGAUCAAUGCAUCCACUAUUAUUGCCAAAUUACAAUCAAACAUCAACUAACACUAAUAUACAGUCUCCAAUAAAUACAACAACAAAUACUAUACAGAGCACUAAUAGAACAGUACCGUCUAAUAAUGUUCCAAUUACUUCUAACAAUGGUAUAUAUUGGCCAGUAAAUAAUACUAGUAACUGUCAUAUUAAUCCAGCUAUAUUUUCUAAUCCACAACCCAUAUAUCAACAAAGAUAUGUGUCUUCAAAUCCUCCACAGCUUCGAAAUAUGCCAUACUCUUCUGUUAGACCGUUUCCCACAGACACGCCAAUAAGCAUCACAAAAUCCUAUUCUAUUUUAGGUGGUGGUGACACAACAAAAAGAAGUUCUUCCUUUUCUUCACAAAAUAUAAUACAACUUCCUUAUUCGCCGUAUAAUUGUAAUGAACAGAAUAUUGUACAUGGUGCACCUGUUGUCUUUAAGCAAACUCCACUUUCUUCAAUUAGUCCCACUUUCUUCAAUAAGAGUUUCUCCCAAUCAAGGAAAAGGCAGAGAUUGGGACCAAGUUGUGACACAUGUAGGUCAAGAAAAGUCAAAUGCGAUGCCAAAAUUGAAAUUUUAUAUGAAGAUGAUAGAAUUAUAAAUGAGAUUUCACAGAAGUUGGUUAAUAUUUUAAAACCUUCUGAAGUUGAGGAGCUAUCAAAAACUGUAUUACGGUAUCAUGUGUUACCAAAAGAAUUGUUUGUCGACAAUGUAGAUAAUUCUAAUAGCAACGGUAAUCACAAUAAUGGUGCUAGAAAGCAUUACAGACUUUUAAAAUAUAUUAAUAAAAUUGUACUGUUUCAAACAUGUUCUUCAUGUCUUAAAUUGAAAAAUCAUAAGAAAAAAACAUCUUGUGCAAAUAAGUGGAGAGUGGAACAAUGUAGUUUUUCAAGAGGAUUAACCAAAAGUGACACAAACAUUUUUAAUGAAAUUCAUCGAGUGACAGGUAAAAAUCUAGAUGAAAUGACUGUUGAAGAUUUUCGAAUUGCAGGUCUUCAGGUAUCAUUUCCAAUAUAA